AUGAAUUUAGACGAUGUUUAUAAUUGGAUUCUGAAUCAUAAGAAUAACUAUCCUGGAAAACACCAAGAAUCUCAACCAAGAACUCUUUAAUCAUACAAGCCUUUAGAAGCAAAAGCAUAAUUUCAUAUUGUUAUUAGAGCUACUGCUGAAUAUAUCAAAGAGAAAAUGCUCAACGGAAAUGGUGUCAAUUUAAAAGAGUUUGGAGCAUUUACAAUGGAAAUAAUAUCAGAUUACGUUAAACCACUCUAGCAUUCUGGUUUUAAAAUGACUGAAGAUUUAGACAUCCAAAGAGCUGACCGUAAACAUGUACACAAAAUUAGACCAUGCUUUAUUCCAGAUAAUUAAUUCAAAUACUUCCUAUAGAGAUAUCCUGGAAAGGAAGAAGUUUCUAAACCUUAGAGUCAACAUUCAAUAUAUUAAAAGGGAUUUGGGAUGAAUUUUUGUAAUGCAGGACCCAUAGCUGCGUCAUGUUAUUUAGGUAAGGAUGUUGUGCAAUCCAUACAUUACUCUUUAGUAAAGGCUAUUCAAGAUUUAACCAGACUUGGACAUGAUUUACAUAUUGAUUUUGGAUUUAUUAAAAUAAGUGUCGUAAACAAAGAUCUAAAAUAUAAAUAUGAAUAAUCAUUUAUAAAUAGGUUGAAUUAGACUGAUUACGAAUUGAAAAUGCGUAAGUCAGAUAUGGCUACAUCUCAACAUUGGAGGGCAACUUCAGAGGAGAAGUGGUCUAAAAGUACUCUAAACAAUUUACUAACCAGACCUAAUCCCACUCAAGUCUAAGAAAAUUAUGAAAAGUCAAUGGCCCUUAAGAUUAUGUCAUUAGAUCUCAAUACUGCCGAACAAACAAAUUAUAGUAAAAAUUAGAAAGUUAAGUUGCCAGCAUUAAAUAAAUGA